AUGGUCUGUGGUCCGGGGUCCAGGUCCGGGGUCCGUUGUCCGGGAUCUGGUUCCGGGGUCCGGGGUCUGGGUCCGGUAUCUGGGCUCUGGGGUCUGUUCCGGGGUCCGGGCUCUGGGGUCUGGGUCCGGGGUCUGGGGUCUGGAGUCUGGGGUCUGGAGUCUGGGGGUCUGGGUCCAGGGUCCGGGGUCUGUGGUCUGGGUCUGGUGUUUGGGUCUGGGUCCGGGGUCCGGGGUCAGGGUCUGGGGUCUGGGUCCGGAGUCUGGGGUCCGGGGUCUGUGGGUCUGGGGUCUGGGUCUGGAUCUGGGGUCCGGGGUCCGGGGUCUGGUGUCUGGGACAGGGGUCUGGGUCCGGGGUCUGGGGUCCGGGAUCUGGGUCUGGGGUCUGGAUUUGGGUCCGGGGUCCGGGGUCUGGGUCCGUGGUCCGGGGUCUGGUGUCUGGGGUCUGGGUCCGUGAUCCGGGGUCUGGUGUCUGGGGUCUGA